AUCAAAGUUAAGUUUAUCUAAAUCAAGGGAAAUCUCUAUCACAUAUAAACAUACGACACGCUUAUGAUUUUUCUUUGGGUUUUCCUCCUGAAUUAUUAAUGGUUUUGAAUAUAAUUUUCACAAUUCAAACGAUUCGGAAAAAUGAAGAAGUGAGCUAAGAUAGAAAACUCCUUAAUUAGCUUCUCUUUUUCUUGAAAGAGCAAUCAUUAAUAAAUUGACAACUAUAUCUAGAAGCAGUAAUAGCUGUUGGUUUUAAAAUAACACGGACCUUUCUCGCGCCUUUAAAUUUUGCCAUUCGUCUCCGACGCGGCUCGUCGGCGUCCAUCGGCGAUCGAUAUAGGAGAACUAACUAUUAACUAUAUUUAUCUUGGUAUUUAGGUGCCGACAAAAUUUACACCAGUUGUGGCUGACUUGAUGAAACUGGACGAGGCAGUAAAAGCUAUUGAGGCAAUGAGAGCAUAUAGAUUUGUUGGUAAACAACGCUGGACUGGUUGUUUUGAAGGAAACGAUUGAUGUCACUGAGGAAGAUAUUGACCGGUACAUUAUCCUAAUAGUGAAUCUCUGAGCAAAAUAGGAAAAAUUGUCGCGGAAACGUUCGAAAAUUUUGAUGUCUCUUCGAUUGUUUUUUCGUUUCCCAGAUAUACAUUCUGCUUCCCAGGUAGAAUGCUUGAAAACAAGUCAAAACUGUUUUUUCGUUUCUCAAGUGUGAUUUUUGUUGUGGAUAUAAUGUUUCAUGUUUUUCUCACCUUUCAACAUGACAAUAAAAAGCAUUAAACCAUGUUUCCGCAUGCAAUAAACAUCAGAUAAUACACGCUUCCGGAAAGUAUGUCACCUUGGCUAUCGAGCCUCGUUUCCGUGAUUGAAACGUUAGCUUUAACUUAUGUCACAUAAACGAAAACGAGGCUCUAUAGCAAAGGGACGUACUUUCCGGAAGGGUGUAUUGUGCAACUAUAAUUAUUAUAAAGUAUUGUUGGAUAUUCGAAUUUAACGAUUUUUACUUUAGUACCAAAUUAAACAGAAACAUUUGAUAAUUUACUCUGUGUCUUCAGAGAGUAAGAGUUUAUGUCUUUGUAAUUGUAUCCAUUUCAUAAAUAAUAUGUGGAUCAAUUGGAUAAAUUCUAUUACAUUAUAAGGUUUAUGAAAUAUGGAAUGAAAUGUGCACAGCUCCGUCCUAAUUAUAUAAUUGGUAAUUGACAAAAGAUUAUUGAAGUCUGGGACCUCUGAGCUUGAACAUUGUAACAGUUGGUUGCACCAUUUUCAGCUUGAUAUCUAUUAUUUUCUUAAUCUUAAUUUUCGGAUCAUUAUUAGGCAACACUAAAUGUUUCUUGUACUUUUAAAGGUCCAUGAUUAUCAACGUAAAAGCUCCUAUACGUUUAAGUCAGGUAAGACUGUAUUGAAGUUGUCCAAUUUAUUCAUUUAUACAAUAUACACUUAAAACCUUUCUGUGCAUUCAUUCUGAAGCUUCAACGCCGUGCAUUAUUUAUAUACAAAACUGUGAGUUCGUGGACAAAACCUUCUGGGCAGUAGAACAUCUAACACCCCUGCGCCCCCUUAACAAUAUUGUGUUAUAUGGUAGUGUAUCAUAUCGUAAAUGGACAGUGUAAUACAAUACGUUCUCAAUGAAAACAUGUCAUACAGCAACAUUACAUAGGAGGGAUCGGAGGGAAGUAUAUUUUGGUUCUUUAUGAAUCUUAGUUUUUCAACAAUUGAAUUUUUCAAUUGGCAAUGUUUUUCAAAUUGCCCGAAAAUGGUUUGUCAAUGACUGUAGACAGUUAUAUCAUCAAUAACCAAGACAGUACCAUUGAGUCAAUCAGUUUCCAUUGAGGGCAAUACGGAACGGCGAAGUGCAACGGCCUGUAACUAUAUAGCCUGCCCUAACCUGUAUUUCAAUAUUUGCUCAAUACUUGUUUUAGCCAGUGAUUUUUUGUAGCUUCUUCAAAUUAAUACAAUAAAUCAUGAUCGUUUGUUAACUUUUCUCUGUUUAUAUAUAGUUAGUUGCUCGUGAUUUAAUUAAAAGAGGAACGGGUGGAGCAAUCGUGAAUGUUUCCACAGUUUUGACACAGAUUGCACCUGCUUGUCAAAUACCUUAUAGUGAGUAUACUUCGUCUUGUGGCCGGUUUUGCCGCACAUUAAUUGUUAUUUUACCUGUGAAAGUAAAUGAAAAAUAAUAUGUUUUAUCUCUUCAUUUAUAGCUAUGACAAAAGCUGCGAUGGAUAAUGCGACAAUGGCGAUGGCAGUAGAAUUGGCUAAGCACAAGGUUUGUUUCAAAUAGUGGUUAUAGUUAGGUUUGUGUACAGCCAUGGACUUGUACAUGUAUAGUACUUACAGCCCUAGAACCACUUUGCAGUAGCCAGUGACAGCUGGCACAAUACAAUUUUUGAAGACGCAUUAUCAUACCGCCAUCUUGGAUUGUUGUGGAUGCAGGACCAUCCCGAGCGGUAUCUGGUUGGGGGGGGGGGGGGAGGAAGGUCGGCAGGGUUUCUUCCGAAAACAGAACAUCCCAAAAAAUUUUCCAAACACUAGUUUCAGUUAAUGGGGGCCUAAAAUUGGCUAAAAUACUUUUUCAGACCUUUUUCGACCACAAUUUUUCAGAAAAUUCCUUACUAUUUAACACGUUCCGCAAUUCCAACAUUCCAGGACCCCUAGCUCUGGGCAAGUUGGUCCCCCUUUUCUGACUUUUCUUUGGGGGGAUGUUACACCCCCCCCCCAGUAGUUCCGGCCAUGUGUGGAUGUGCAUGAUUACGUCACAGCGUAAAGGGUUACACAAAUAUAAAUGGUCAUACUUCGAUCAUUAUUUCAAAUAAUAGAUUAACCCGAUAUGUGAUCCAGCAGUGAAGAUGAAUAACGACAAAUUUAUGUCGGAAAUUGUCCCAUCGAUGUCCAGCCACUGAUAAGUUGCGCGGAAUAUUAGUCAUUGAAGUCAGAAAAUCCCCGUACUAACAUUAUAAACGGCGAAAAUAAACCAAAAUAGAAUAAUCACCGUAAUACUAUAUACUUUCUCCAACACCUAGAUCCGGGUAAACAGCGUGUUACCAGGUUUAGUUGAUACACCACACGCUAGUCAGUAUCCACCAGAAAUUGUACAAAUGGUUCUCAAGAGAUAUCCACGUGGUCAAAGAGCAGGUAUAAGCUAACAGACGUAUUGUGGGCAUUUAAGCUGUGCUUUACCGCCACUUGGAAUUAAACUUUACCAGGACGUACUUGGAGAAAAUUGGGAGCUGCAAUUUAAUAUGUGUUGUACGUAUGAGUCUAGCUAACUGGGAAACUCACUUGAGAAAAGAUUCACAUCUCCUUACACCUCGCACUACAUGUGAAACCAUACAUGCAUGAUCAAAUGCAACAAGAGCUUCAAAGUGUGUCAGGUCGUUGUGCUGCGAAGAAAAGUGGCGACGCAAAUAGUUUUUUUUAUAAUUUUUACAUUUACUUGUUAACAUUUACUUGUUAACUAUUCCAGUUUUACAUUUUCAAAUGUUAAAUUGAGAUACAAUUUUGUAUAUUGAGGUUUUUAUAUGGUUCGAAAUGGUUUCGUCUGAUAUAAAAACAUUUUUUGUAUUUUUUGCCUUCCCGCAGGAAGCAUGUAAAGUAUAAACUAUUCUAGCACAUACUAUUGCUAUAAGAAAAAAUCAUAUAUAUUAUGUGUAUAUAUAUGUAAAAGGUUCCUGAGAGAAAGCAAGUGAGCAAAACUUCUUCCUCAAAUUGGCCCGCGCGAGCGAAUUUUGAGAGAUAUAUGAUUGGCUUAAAAGUAUCAAUCUUUUAAAGAUUUAAAUAAUUAUAAGUCGUUCUAAUCGACUGAUAUAUUUCAAUCGAAUGGCAAACUGACUGAGCGUUUUUCAAUCUAAUUUCAAUCUAUUCGAUUGAAUUUUUUUUUCAAACUUUUGAAAGAUUGAAAUUUUCAAUCUUUUGAAUUAAGAGAGUAGCUGGUGUAAUCUCAGUCACGUAGGAAAAAAAUUCCAUUUGAAUGCUUCAUCCCACCUGACCGAGAUUGUUCAUUUGCCGAUUUUUACCUAAAAAUAUAAACAAGCAAAAUAAACAAUAAACCUAAACAUGCAUGCAGAUACCACUUAAGUCGUAACUCGUAAUACCAUGCACUACACAUUCCCCACAAAAACAUUUCGAAGUCAACCGAGGCGAGAUAUUAGAUGGGACAACCAGCCCUAUUUGAAACAGCUCUCAAGAAGUCAACUGACUCAUUAGAACAUGUCCUGAGACCACCUCCACACGAGACCUGACAAAUUGGGAACAGUACACAAAUUAGUCCAGUUCCAUUUAUUCAGACGGGAAUUCAUACGACGGUAUAUGCAUGUGCUCGAAUUCAUCAGGUUUCUCGUGUGAACUCGAAAGCCGAAAUCCGGCAAAUUUGAUUACGGCCCUGAACAGUGCUAUGCAAGUUACAUAAUUUUUAUAUUUUUAUAUUUUUAUAACUAUAGUUACGGUUACAGUAGUUACAGUUAUAAGUUACAAACAUUUUGCAACUGUUAGUUAUACUGGUUACAAAAUUAUACGAAAGGUUAUAAUAUAAAAUAGCUGCGAUAAAGAUCGCUUCCGCCAUCUACUGCAACGGCAUAAUGAAAAUAUUCGAACCCGUGGGUGCAAAAUUGAGCGACAACUCUGCGUGGCCGAAAUUUGGGAUAAAACUGCUUUUCAGUAAGUUGGAUAUCGUCAAAGUAACUGCUCUCUCGAGACCAGAACCUAACCAUUUACCGAUACUUUUUAUCAAUCUUUGUAACUAGUUACCGUUAGAGUUACUAAAAAAUGUAACGAUUACAUGUAACUAGUUACUUGUAGCACUGGUCCCGAAUUAAUCCGACGAAGCCUUAUGCAACAGAAUAUCAAUACCGCAAUUUCUCCUAGGCUAAAGCCAUGAGACCCCUUGUACUAGUAGUGUUAGUUACGAUUUAGUGCGGAUUGGUUAUUUCCAUUGCCAUUUCAUUGUUUUGUCAUCCUAUCUUUCCACCUGUUGUUCGGACUCAUUUUAGAUAUUCUGCAAAAUUCAGUAUUGAACUGCAGUUGUUAACUAUUUUUUAAAAACUUCUUAAGUUCGCCUUUUUUACAUUUCAGGUGCUGAUGAAAUUGCCGACACCAUUGUGUAUUUAUUGAGCGAUAGAGCGAGUAACAUAACUGGCACAAAGAUUACCACUGAUGGCGGAAUGUUGGCAAACUGAAGACAUUCAUUCUAUGUUACGACAAUAUUUCUUUGACUUGACCUUAUUUUGUAGACCUUUUCAAAUAUUAAAGUCUUAUAUCGCU